AUGAGUGCGAACAAGACCUCGGCCGUCUCUGACGAGCCCAUUGACGUCCUUUUCGCCGUCCACGAGAAGUUCGAUCUUUUGGACUUUGCCGGUGCGCUCGAGGUCUUCAACACUGCCGCCCACGACUUCAAUGACCCUGAGAACAACAAGGCCUUCGAGAUCACCAUCGUCGGCCCUGAGCCCAAGGUCAUCUCGGACCAGGGUGUCAUCGUCGGCUCCCAGAUCUCCUACAAGGAGGCCCACGACCGCCUCGAGGACUUUGAUGUCCUCGUCGUCGUCGGCGGCAACUCCAAGGAGGUCGUCGAGAAGGAGCUCGAGCCCCUCAGCCUCAUCACCGAUUUCUCGGAGCUCCAGAAGCGGGACCCCGCCCGCGAGCGUACCAUCCUCUCCGUGUGCACCGGUGCCCUCUUCCUGGGCAAGCAGGGCAUCCUCUCUGGCCUGUCUGCCACCACCCACCCCGACUUCUUCACCACCUUUGAGAACAUCUGCAGUGAUGCAGCCACCCAGAACCUCCAGGAGCGUACCGACGUGAUCGAGGACGCCCGCUACGUCGUCAACAACCUGCGAUUCGACCUCGGAGACGAGGACGAGAACCCCUACAUCCGCCGAAAGUCCGAUUCCGGACGCCGCCCUUCAAACGCCCGAAAGGGAAGCAUGUCGUGGAAGGGCUCCAACACGCGCCGCGAGUCAAUCACUCGUCGUGCCGCAAUGCGGCUUGGUGGCCUCCGUGUGGUCACCUCAGGGGGUGUCAGCUCUGGCAUUGAUGCAGCUCUGUAUCUUGUCAGCGCUCUCGUUGAUGAUGCGUGUGCGGCGGAGGUGGCCAGGAUCCUUCAGUGGACCUGGAACAAGGGCGUUGUCGUCGAUGGUCUCGACGUCUAA